AUGAGCGGCCGGCUUGCGUCCGAGUACCCAUCCUGGAAGAAGCUCCAGCAAACCUAUGACUCUGAGCAUGCCAAACUCGUCCUUAAGGAACUUUUCGCGCAAGACCCUGCGCGCUUCUCUAAAUUCAGCAAGGAGUAUUCCUCCCCCGAUGGUCCCUCGGUGACCUUUCUGCUGGAUUAUUCGAAGAAUCUGAUCACCGAGCCUAUCCUGGAGACACUGCUCUCGCUGGCGCGUGAGGCCCAGGUGGAGACGUACCGGGACAAGAUGUUUGCGGGAGAGCACAUCAACACGUCCGAGGAUCGCGCCGUGCUGCACGUCGCGCUCCGCAACUUCAACGACUUCCAGAUCCAGGAGGCUGGCGUUAGCGAGGUGCAGGGUGUGCUCGCACACAUCAAGGAGUUCUCCGAGUCGGUGCGCAGCGGCGCGUGGAAGGGCUACACGGGCAAGAAGAUCGACACGAUCGUGAACAUCGGUAUCGGUGGGUCCGACCUGGGCCCGGUCAUGGUGACGGAGGCGUUGAAGCCGUAUGCCAAGCGCGAUUUGACCGCGCACUUCGUGUCGAACAUCGACGGGACGCACCUUGCCGAGACACUGCGUUUGUGCAAUCCGGAGACGACAUUGUUCAUCAUUGCGAGCAAGACGUUCACGACGCAGGAGACGAUCACGAACGCGACAAGCGCGCGCGACUGGUUCCUCGAGACCGCGAAGGACAAGGCACACGUCGCGAAGCACUUCGUUGCGCUGAGCACAAACACGAAGGCCGUUACGGAGUUCGGUAUCGCGGAGGCGAACAUGUUCCAGUUCUGGGACUGGGUCGGCGGACGUUACAGCCUUUGGAGUGCCAUCGGUCUCUCGAUCGCGCUAUCCAUUGGAUACGACAACUUCGAAGAGCUCCUCAAGGGUGCGCACGGCAUGGACAAGCAUUUCAAGACGACCCCCCUCGAGAAGAAUCUGCCGGUCCUCCUCGCCGUGAUCGGCGUCUGGUACAACGACUUCUACGGCUCGCAGACGCAUGCGCUGCUCCCAUACGACCAGUACUUGCAUAAGUUUGCGGACUAUUUCCAGCAAGGUGACAUGGAGUCGAACGGAAAGUUCGUCACCAAAGGUGGCCAGCGUGUCGACUACCAGACCGGGCCCAUCAUCUGGGGUGCAGCGGGUACGAACGGCCAGCACUCGUUCUACCAACUGGUCCACCAGGGUACGAAGCUUAUCCCCGCUGACUUUAUCGCCCCCGCGACGACGCACAACCCGAUUCGCAACUCACUGCAUCACCGCAUCUUGCUGAGUAACUUCUUUGCACAACCGGAGGCGCUCGCGUUCGGUAAGACUGAGGAGGAGGUCCGCAAGGAGGUCGGCGCGAACGCGUCCGAGGCGCUUAUCAAGUCGAAGGUGUUCGAGGGCAAUCGCCCGAGCAACAGCAUCCUGUUCCCCAAGUUAACACCCGCGACGCUCGGCGCGCUGAUUGCGCUCUAUGAACACAAGAUCUUCACGCAGGGUGUCAUUUGGGGUAUAAACUCCUUCGACCAAAUGGGUGUUGAGCUCGGCAAGGUUCUCGCCAAGAACAUUCUCGCGCAGCUCAACACCCCUGAGGACGUCUCCGGACACGAUAGCUCGACCACCGGGCUCAUUCAUUACUACCAGAAGCACAGGCAGGAGUGAAACGCGCCGCCGCGGGCACAUUACUGAGCAGUGCUUUGCUUGAACGAGUUAGAAACAGAAAUUAUGGGAUUGUAAGGUAAUAGCGCAAGAAGUGUCAUCAUAAUGUAGAAGCCUUGGGCACCAAUACACAGCAGUGGUUCGG